GUGCCGCCGCUUCCGCCCCUGCAGCUUCUCCGCUCGCGGUGCCACGAUGGGGAUCCUGGAGAAGAUCGCGGAGAUCGAGAAGGAGAUCGCCCGGACCCAGAAGAACAAAGCUACUGAGUACCACUUCGGCCUGCUCAAGGCAAAACUAGCAAAGUACAGAGCUCAGCUGCUGGAACCUUCGAAAUCAGCGGCAGCUAAAGGUGAAGGUUUCGAUGUGAUGAAAUCGGGAGAUGCCCGGGUGGCGCUGAUCGGUUUUCCUUCUGUGGGUAAGUCCACAUUUCUGAGUUUAAUGACGUCCACGGCCAGCGAGGCUGCUUCGUACGAAUUCACCACGUUAACCUGCAUCCCUGGAGUCAUCGAGUACAAGGGAGCCAACAUUCAGCUUCUAGAUCUGCCCGGAAUCAUCGAAGGAGCCGCACAAGGGAAAGGCCGAGGGCGCCAGGUGAUAGCCGUGGCCCGGACUUCCGACGUCGUCAUCAUGAUGCUGGACGCCACAAAGGGCGAAGUGCAGCGAGCACUGCUGGAAAAGGAGCUGGAAUCGGUGGGCAUCCGGCUGAACAAAACGAAGCCCAACAUCUACUUCAAGCCGAAGAAGGGAGGCGGCAUCUCUUUCAACUCCACGGUGACGCUGACCCAGUGCUCCGAGAAGCUGGUGCAGCUCAUCCUGCAUGAAUACAAAAUCUUCAACGCAGAGGUUCUGUUCCGGGAAGACUGCACCCCGGAUGAGUUCAUAGACGUGAUCGUUGGCAACAGAGUCUACAUGCCCUGCCUUUAUGUUUAUAACAAAAUUGACCAGAUCUCCAUGGAGGAGGUGGACCGCCUGGCUCGGAAGCCCCACAGCGUUGUGAUCAGCUGUGGUAUGAAGUUGAACCUGGAUUACCUUCUGGAGAUGCUGUGGGAAUACCUGGCCCUUACCUGUAUCUUUACCAAGAAAAGAGGCCAAAGACCAGACUUCUCGGAUGCGAUCAUUCUACGGAAAGGUGCCUGUGUGGAACACGUGUGUCACAGGAUCCACCGGACGUUAGCCAGCCAGUUCAAGUACGCCUUGGUGUGGGGAACCAGCACCAAGUACAGCCCCCAGCGAGUGGGGCUCGGCCACCUGAUGGAGCAUGAGGACGUCAUCCAAGUCGUGAAGAAGUAACCUCGCCGCGCUGCCGACGGCCAGCACCCGCUCCUGCCCCUGCACUGGAUUCCAGCACGACUCGCGGAAAGACCCAAGAAGCAGACCCUCUUCCCUCCCCCUGCCCCAGCCAGGCUUCCAUGAAGCUUGUGCAGAGGAUUCUGGAAGCGCUGAUGAGCAAGAGGGACCUUUGCCUUCCAGCUGCGGAGGGCACUUUUGGGCGCGUCCUGGAUGCUCUGGGAGGGCGAGCCCCGGUCCCGGCCGCCUCGUGUCCAGGAGCCUCCGCUCUGCACGGAGACAGGCCCCUGCCCCUCCCUCCCCCCUUCCAGGCAGGCGGCCUGCACACUGCCUGCGUUUCCCCAGUAGAAGUCCAGCCCGUCCACAUCUUGGCGUGGCCUGGACACCGCCAGCGGUGGCAGUCAAGGACCGGUGGUCCGUCGGUCGAGUCCGCAGAGCCGCGGAUGUGUUUGUGCUCUCGCCGAGAGAGGGCGUGUCGCUCUCCUCUGUGCAGGCAGGGGAAGCGAGGCUGGCUUUGCAGAAAUCGUGCGUCGUGGCAUGUCUGUCGUCGGGCGGCCGUAGCCCAGGGUGUCCCUCUUGUGUUUCUGGGGGCCCCCGAACCCCGAGUCUCCUUCGAUUGCAAUAAAGUGUGGUUCUUAAUUCUCUUCCAAA